AUGUGCAUCAUUCAGGAUUCUGUUUCUAUCUAUCUGUUUAUCUGCCUAAGUCUCUUGCUAUCUCUUUUUCUGGCUCACACUGUUUCUGCCACUCUUUCUGUCUCCCACUGUUUCUAUCUCUCUCUCUCCGUCUCCCACUGUUUCUAUCUCUCUCUCUCCGUCUCCCACUGUUUCUGUCUCUCACUGUUUCUGUGUCCCUAUCUCUCUCCGUCUCCCACUGUUUCUGUGUCUCUCUCUCCGUCUCCCACUGUUUCUGUGUCUCUCUAUCACUCUCCGUCUCCCACUGUUUCUGUGUCUCUCUAUCACUCCCCGUCUCUCACUGUUUCUGUGUCUCUCUAUCACUCCCCGUCUCUCACUGUUUCUGUGUCUCCGUCUCCCUCCCUGUUUUGUGUGUCUCUCUAUGUCUCUCUAUCCUCUCUCCUGUGUCUCUAUCUCUCUCUAUCUCUCUCCGUCUCACUGUUUCUGUUUCUCUCUAUCUCUCUCCGUCUCCCACUGUUUCUGUGUCUCUCUAUCUCUCUCCGUCUCCCACUGUUUCUGUGUCUCUCUAUCUCUCUCCGUCUCUCACUGUUUCUGUGUCUCUCUAUCUCUCUCCGUCUCCCACUGUUUCUGUGUCUCUCUAUCUCUCUCCGUCUCCCACUGUUUCUGUGUCUCUCUAUCUCUCUCCGUCUCUCACUGUUUCUGUGUCUCUCUAUCUCUCUCUGUCUCCCACUGUUUCUGUGUCUCUCUAUCUCCGUCUCUCACUGUUUUCCUCUUCCCAUCUUGUACUGUUUCAAUCUUUCUUUCCAUCUAACACUGAUUUUAAUCAAUCAUUCCUUUAAACUCCUUUCAUUUUUUACUUCAUUUUCUUUUUCAUCAUUCUUUCUUUCUGAUUUUUCUUUCAAUCUCCUUUCAUUCUUUUGCUUCAUUUUUCUUUCUUAUUAUUCUUUUUCCUUCUGCAUUUUCAUCCAAUCUCCUGUUAAUCUUUUACAUUCUUUUUCUUUUUCAUCAUUCAUUCUUUUUUCUGCUUUUUCUAUCAAUCCACUUUCAAUCUUUUACACCCUUAUUCUUUCUUUUCAUUCUUUCUUUCCUUCUACUCUUUUAUUCAAUUCCUUUUCAUUCUUUUACAUCCUAUUUCUUUCAUAUCAUUCUUUCUUUCCAUCUGCUCUUUCAUUGAAUUCCCUUUCAUUCUUUUACACCCUUUUUCUUUAA